AUGAAAAUUUUCUGUGGUAUAAAAACCACUGAAAAAAACUUGGUAACUUUAAUCAUCACAGUAUAUCUGAUAAUUCCCUUUACUUUAUCGGCUAAAUAUGAUAUUGAAUCUAGUAAUCUAGCAAGAACAAUAUUUUCUCGACCCAUGAGUAUAUUUGGAGAUAAAAGUAAAAAGGAAGUAUGGGAUUUAGCUGAUAGGGAAAUUAAACGUAUGGAAAGAGAUGGAAUUCUAUCUCCAAUAUAUAAAUAUAAAGAAGCACGUGAAAUGUAUGUUUCAGUAGAAAUAUUAAGUGCCUGUGAACGUCUCUUAUCAAGAAUAGAGAGUGAUUCAUAUAGUCCUGUGCUGAUAGAUGAAGAUGCAGUUUUAACAGGAGAUAUAACAAAACAAAACAAGAAAAUUUUAGGAUAUAGAGUAGCAAAUGAGAUUCAAUACUGUUUACUAUUAUAUGGUACUGAUAUUUUAGAUAUCCCAGCAUUAGAGAAAUAUGCAGAUUUUUUAAGAAGCUGGGGAAUACCAAAUAUUUUUACUGAUAAAAUUGCUAUUGAAAUAGUGAAUAAAUAUACAAAAGAUACUUUGGAUCAAGCUGAUUCUAAAGAUUUGCAACAGAAUCCUUCACUUUUGAAAUUAUUAUCAGCUCCAGGGACUGGAGAAUAUUCAAAGUAUGUUAUACUAGACCCAAAUCCAAAACCUAUAGAGAAAAGGAAAUUAGUUACAAUGCAUCCGCGUCAGACGAAAACUGUUCCUUCUAUUAGUACCAAACCUCAAACUAUGGAGAACAUUCAGAGACAGAAAAGAAUAAUAGCAAGACCCAGACAAAUUUACAGAUCAAUUGAACCCAAAAAGUCUGAUGCUGAAAUAGCUAUUAAAGAUAAGAAAUCGAACGAUAUACCGUCAGCAUUAGCUUCAAGGAAAAUUACUGGUAAAAAUAUCUUGGAGUUAGCAUCAGGAAAAGAACUUUCAGGUUUAGUUAAAACUUUAGGUCCAGAAAGCCAGUUUUUACUAGCAUGGCAAGCUGUAUUAGAAGCCAAAAAAAAGUUCGAAGAUAUCAGUCAAUAUACUGUCAUUAAUUUACCAUCAACAAUACCUACUUAUGUAUUAUACCAGGCUGUGCCAAAUUUUGCAUUAAGUCAAUUUGAAGAGGGUUGCUUAACUAUAAUGAUGUAUUUAAAUUCUCAAGUCAGAUCUGGAUUUUUAGUAGGUGAUGAAAUCCAAUUUUUCAUGAAAAAUUCAGAAAUUCCAAUAGAAAAUAGAAGAGUUUUUAAAACAGCUGCUGAACUAUUAUGUAAGGUUGCAGUAAAUGACUAUUUGGAAGUAGUACUAGCAAAUGCAAAGGAAUAUAUUGAGAGGUUACAAAAUAUACAACCGUCUUUAGAUAUAGUUAUUCAAGACGAAAUAAUUCCUCCACCUCAAGAUGUACCCAAAAAGUUAGAUGCAAAUCCUCCAAUUCUAAAUAUUGAAAAGUCUUUAUAUGAUGUUUAUUUCCAAGUACUUGAAUACUUGGGAGUAACACCCUUGUUACCUUUACAGCAUAAUAUUUGGGAAAAAAUAAAGAGUUGUAAAACAGGAAAAGAAGUUAAUGAGUUAAUUUAUCAGAGUAUAGAUUUAUGGUUUGUUCCUACAGAUGUACUAACUAUUAUAAUAAUGCGAAUCAUUGAACAUCAUCAUUUCAAUAAUUUUGUUAUCAUAAACCCUAGAGAGAUUCCUUCUAAUACUGUAAUAUCCAAUAUUUUCAAACCAUCUGAAAAUACAAUCAUAAAGGUUUGUAGUGAAUAUAUUCAAAAAUUAAUUAAUAAUAAUGAUUUAGUUAUAGUUGAUAUUGUUGAUGAAGAUUCAAUAAAUGUAUUAGCUCAUCAGAUAUGCCAAGAAGUUGUUUAUCAAAUAUCCCAAAAUGAAGCAAUUCUUUCUAAUAAAGAUGUCUUAAUUCGUUGUUUAUAUAAUUUAGAAAUUGGUUUUUGCAGAGUAUUAAAUAUUACUCCCGUAAUGAGAUAUUUAGAAAAAGCUGAUUAUCUUAUUUUAGGUAAACAUCCAGUUUUACAAGAUAUUUGGGCAAUUGAAGAUUGCACUCUCGUAUCAUUUUGGGAAUUAAAUUAUUUGCUUUGUUUCAGUGGUUUUGCACAAGCAUUUAUAUCUUAUUGGUUUCCUAAAGCAAAUGAAAGUCAGUUCCCUAUUACUUUAUUAUGCAAAGUAUUCAUUGAAACGAAACAAAGUGGAAAUCCAUUUUCAGCUACUGACUAUGGAGAUAAUUUGGCAAAGUGCUUUUUAGAUUUAUCAGAUACAGAUUCUCGUCCUUAUAUAAUAAAGGAUCCUAAAGAAAAGCAUCUCACUUCUAAAUUAUUUAUUGAGAUGUGUUCUCAGUUUGAAAUUAAUCACGACUCUAACUUCGUGGUUAAUCCUGAUAAUCGUAUAGCUUCUUUAGAGUUUAUUCAUUCACAAAGGCAUUGUCCAAAUCCGUUGUAUGCUUCACUUAGCUUUAAUCCUAAAUUAUUACCUAUUGAAGAUAAUUUGAUGAAAAAUCUUCAGUCUUAUGGUUGUAAUCAAAAUAUUCCGAUUGAUAAUGAAGAUUUUUUAAGAAAUAGUUGCAUUGGACUUAAGCCUCAUUUCAUAAAUUAUUUAACUGUACUAUCAGCUACAUUUGAACUAUUUUUACUUGAGAAUUUUGAUAUAUCGAAACUCCCCUUAAAGAAUACGGAAGUUAAACUUCAAUAUCUAUGCAAAUGGUGGAGAAGUCCAAAUAUUAAUACAUUCAGAAAUGUUUUUAAAAGCAUACUACCAUUCAUGAAAGAUAAUGAGGUUUCAAAUUACGUUUUUUCCAUAAUCCAAGUAGCGGAAUUUCAAUUUUUUCAAUAUGCUGGAUUAAGUAAUGAACGUAUUAAACGGCUAUAUAAAAGUCCUAUGAUAAGAUCUAAUAGAGCUGGAGAUUUACCUGAAGGAUAUAGAUUACCAAAAUUUAGACCAGAUAUAGAUGUAUUUACAAAGUUGGAACCUUAUCUAAAAAAAACAAUAAUUAAUGAAUAUAGAGGAGAAUUGAAUAUAAAACUUAGUAGCAAAAUAACUUUAUCAGAUAUAGAGAAAGUAUGUAAAGAUAUUUUAAACUGGCAAGCUAAUUUUAUUAUUUCCUUCCAAAAUAAUGUUACAAAAAUUAUAAGUAUUAUUAUCACUUCUUAUAGAUACUUAUUUGAACCCAAACUACCUAUUUUCCAACUUUGUCAAUGGGUAAAUGAAACCUUUAGUAGUUCAAGCAAAAUAGAAAAAAUCAGUGUUAAGGAAGUGGCAAGUAAUUUGGAAAGGUUUAUCACACAAGAUAUGGUUAUUUGGAUGUUACCAGGUAUGGCUAAUUAUCUCAUAACGAGCUUUAAUAUAUGGAUACAAUCUGCAUAUAUUUUAAAGUUAGGAGAGGAUAUUGCAGUUAAGAAACCCUCUUUUCAUGAAAUCUUCAUCGAAGAAUUAAAGGUAGUAUUUGAUACAGAAAUAACACCCCUAAUAGCUAUUGAAGAGAGUGCUAAUAUAAUGAGCAUAGAUGAUUUACCCUUUAAAACUAGAAUUAUGCUCAAUCCUUUCGUUGACCCUGCCUUUGCUAUUCCUCCAGCAGAUAAUGAAGGAAGUAAAUUUUGUAUUGAACAAGAAGUUAUAAAUCUAAUGAAUGCCUAUCGUGUAUUCUUUUAUGAGUUCCAAUCAAAAUUUAUUAGUUCAAAUCAUAAAGUAAAAAUUAAUUCAGAUUAUUUCUGUAUUAUAUUAUCCAAUUACCAUAGUAGAUUACUUGAAUCACAAAAUUUGACAAAAAGAGAAUAUUACGACUUAAUAGAGAGCUUAGAACAUCAACUAUUUGAAGAUAUGAGAUAUAUACCUUGGAUUGACAAUGAAAGCUUGUUUAUCUCAUUAAUUAAAGAAGCGAAUUCCUGGAUUUUAGAAAGUUAUGAGAUACCAAGACUUUCAGUAACUGGGACAUCUAAUAUUGCAAGUUCAAACAUAAAUCUUAGAGACUUAUUUUCUAUCGUAUACAAACGUCCUAUUCUUGAAAACAUUAGUAAAGACAGUAGUAAAUUGGAUAGUUCAAUAUUACCAAAAAUUAAUAUUUUAACACUAAGUUCAGAAUCUUUGAAGAAAAUUAUUCCAUUUUUGAAAUGCAAAGAUUCCAUAAAUUAUUACAAAGAGAUUAAUACUUGUAAUAAUCUGGAAGAUUGGGAGAUACGCUUUCUUAUCACAAUUUCUGCAUAUUUUGAAUAUGUAUCUGAGGUAUCCUUUAAUUUUGAAUUUAAUCUGGAUGAUAGCACUCACUUUUUUGUGAAAGAAUUACAAUUUGAAUAUUCUUUAGAUAAAUUAUGCAACUGGUGGAGAACUAUAAGAUCCAAAGAUAUUCCUCAUUUAUACUCCUCUGUAAAUGAAUGUUGGGCUUCACUAUUAAGUAAAUAUUUUAAUAUGAAUUCUUCUGAAUUAUAUAACAAAAAAGUGAAACUUAAACAAUGGUUUAUACCAGAAGUUGCAGAAGCUAUGCUUAUCUCAUUUUUUAGAGUAUUGAAACUACAUAAUGAAUUAGGUAUAUUUAACCAAGAAUUCAGUGAUAUUACUUUGCAAGAUGGAACUAUAAACCAAGAGAAACUAAGGAAUUACCAAAUUAUUAAAGAUAUAUUCAAAAAUCCAAGUGGGUUUAAAUAUAUGCCAUAUUUCCAUAGGAGUUCCACUUUACCUACAAACUUACCUAACAGUUUUUUUGUAUACCUCCAUUUAUCUAAAAGUACAUACUUAAAUAUUGAAAAUUAUCUUUUAAUGGCACACAAAAGGCCCAAAAAUAGACCAGAUAUAAAAACUGGGAUAUAUUUGCACCAGUCUGAAAUUAAUAGAUUAACUUUAAUGGCUUAUGUUCUAUCAAAUAAAUCUAAUCUUAGUAUAAUUAAUGGUUGGUAUUUUUCUGCAGAAGACUUAGUCAACUUAUUUGGCGAGUAUAAAGUUUCAGAAAUAUCUGUGCGAAAUUGGUCAAAAUAUAUGACUAAAGCUCAACGCAAUAAUAAAAUUAAUGAAGCUACAUCAAUAAUAUUAUAUUCACACUUUCUUGCUUUUGAAACCCGUUUAAUAAAUAUUGAUGUGAAUGAUCCAAACUUAAGAGCGAAAGCAAAGAAACAGCUGGAUGAAUUCUAUAGAUCUCCUAUUAAAUUUGAUAAAUCCUUUAUUUCUAAUCCACAGCCUGGGAUAUUUCCACUUUUUGGCGUUACAGAAUCAAAGACAUUCCAACCAGUGAAUUUUCCACAAAUAAGGAAAUAUCUUCCAAGUGAAAGAUUGAAUUUUCAUAGAUUCCAAGGUCAUUAUUGGAGAUCAAAAGUUAAACUCAAUAAGAAUAAGAAUAAGAAUUUUUUUGUUGAGGGGGAAAUUCUUAAACCCAGAAUAUGGCCAAUAAUAGGAACCCUUGAUAAUGAAUUGACUGUUAUCUCCAAAUUCAAUUGUAAUAAUCUAAAAUCAUGGCGAGUUAAUCGAGCUACAUAUUGGGCUGGAUUACUAGAAAGAUAUAUUCAUAAGGGACCUUUAUUGAUAUUUGAUGAUACAAAUACCCUCAAAAUUUUAAGAGAAGCUUGGGGUAUGCCAAAAACUAUACGUUGUUGUCUUCGUGUAAACCAUAUAGAAACAACCAAUUCAUAUUACACAACUUUCAAUUUUUUUGAUAUGUGCUAUUUCAUGCAUUUCAUGGAUGCUUUAUAUCCAAAAGUUGUUCCUCAAGAUCAAGUACCACAAGGAGAUGAUUCAAAUAAGAUGUUACCUUGGGAAAUGAAUAUUGAUGAACUUCCUCUAUAUGCAAUUCAUCCUUUUUUUAAUUUAUUUAAUCCUUACUAUCAAUCUUUGAGUUUAUUACAUGUUGCAACUUUUUUUUAUGAAGUAGUUCUUGAAGAAAAACGAAUAAUAAAACUUAAAAUUAGUAAAAAUGAUAAAUCAAGAGAAUCUGUUUAUGAGAAAUUAUCUUCAAUAUACCAUGCACCAUUAUUUAAUGAACCAAAAAUUGUCACUUAUCCUGGUAUAUUUUUUGAAUUUGAUCCUCCUGAGCCAAUAAGUUGGACUGAUAGAGAUAUUCCAGGAGCAGACUCGUUAAUGCCAACUUUACCAUAUACUGAAUCUGAUGAUACUACAUCAAUUAAAAUUCUCAAGGUAUUUGGUCAAGAUAAAUCCAAAGUUCGUAUUAGAGAUUCGAAGGAAAUGCUAGAUACUCUUAAGACUCUAAGUCAAAAUCCUCAAAUUACUAGUACUUUCAAUUUGAAUAUUUAUUAUUCUAAAUACAUCUCAGAUACAUCUAACCUUGGAUAUUCGGGUUCAUCUAGUAGUGGAUCAAGUGUUUUUCCAUACUCCAUAUAUGGCCUUGAUUAUUCAAGUAGUGACUCACCAGCAAGCUGUAGUCUUCCUGCUGAUAGUUUACACUGGGAACAGAUGGAAUAUACUUAUACUAAUGGCUUAGACUGGUUUAUCAAUUAUGCAGGAAUGUUUAAAUUGUGUACUUUUAUUUCAUCUUAUAACUUAUUAAGAUCAAUCACUUACGAAUUGUCAAGCCUAAUUCCUAACUCAAAUAAAAAUUUAGAACAUAUUUUAGAUUAUGGUGUACUUGCAUCUUUAUGGUAUAAAGAACCAGAUCUAAAUUGGUUACGGAACAAUGCCAAUAAAAGAAGUAUUAUAAAUUGGUUAGUGAUUAUUUGUCAGAAUUAUAUUGUAAAAAAAGGAAUACUAGCAUAUUACGAGUCUAUAUUAGAAAAUAAGAAAAACUUAAAAUUAAUUCUUAGUCAAACUUGUAGUCAAUUUGCUAAACUUUGGAAAAAUAAUGUCAUAUUUAUAGACCAAUUACUACGUAUGCUAUUUGCCCUAAAAUUUAUUUAUAAUAUCAAAUAUCAAGAUUCCUCUAAUACCAAUCUUUUAUAUCCAGAAAAACCAACAGAUCCUAUUAAAAUAUCUUGGAAUUUAUUUUUAAAAGUUAAUGAAUGUGAUCAUUACCCGUUUGUGGGAUAUUAUAAUUCGAUUAAAUUUUGGGAUCCUGCUCUUGUUGUAAAUUCCAUGAAUAUUAUAGCAGAAACAGGUAAAUUCUUCUUUAGUAGAGACUUUGUAGAACCAGUAAUUCUUCAAAUUGCUCAGACACCACUUGCAGAAAUAAAUGCAUGGUUUUCAUUAGAAUAUUCUCCCAUAUUAAAAAAAGAAUUUUUUUCACUUGAAAGAAUAAAUAUUUAUCUGGAAAAAAGUUACCAAGAAUAUUUUGGUAGCAUUAUAUUGAAUAAUGUGCAAAUGUCUCAAGUUGCAGAAAAUUUAACUGUUUAUGAAUAUUGUAGAGCCUGGGUCGUUGAUAAGUUGCCUAAUAUAUUGAAUAAAUCUCAUAUAUUCUGUCGAGAAGUAAACAAUAAAUUUAACUAUUCCAAUUUACUGAGUAUAUCAAAAAACAAAAGGCUUGCAGUUGCUAUUGAAUUUUUCAUUUAUAUUGUUAAACAUCACCCUAUGCAUGUCCAAAAUAUACCCUUGAUGUCUGGGAAUGAUUUAAGUAUUAAAAUAAGACAUAGUAGUGAUAUUAUCAAAGUUUCUAAAGCAGUCUCUUCUAUAUUUAGUAGAGGACAAAAAAAAUACACUUAUUUACAAUUAAAAAGGACGGUGGACAUUACUGAAAACAAAGCUGGAACAUAUAUAUUCCAACGUAUGUCAUUGAAAGAACUUGAGGAAUUGGAAAAAAGUAAAAAAUUAGUAUAUAGUCCUUAUUUUUAUUUCUCCAAUACAUACAUCUUAAGUGCAUUUUUAAGGGUUUUAUCUUAUUUUGGCUUAACUAUGGAUAAGAAGAAUUUAUCUUUCACUAUUUUACCAAAUAUGUCACUAAAUGAUAUUAAAAUUUCUUGCAAAAAUAAUAUCAGUGGAAAUAUUUCAGAUAUCUCAUUACUUAAAUCAAAUACAAAUAUUAAAAGUGAUGCCUUAAAAAAUUUUUUUGUUGGAAAUCAUAUAAUAGGACCUCAAGAUUUAGCUGAAAUAACAAAGUAUAUUUGCACAACUUUAAUUGAUGAGAUAUUUCUCAACUUUAGAAUAUAUUCAGAUGAGAUUUUGGUCAAAAAAUUUGCAGAGUCCUAUAUUUCAAAUAUCAAAAAUAUAAAACCUUUAACUAUUUCUAAUGGUAUUUUUGGCUGGUAUAAUGUUUUUCUAAUCUUCACUGAUUGGUCUAAAGAUCUUAAAAUUCCAAUUAACAGUGAGUUAGUUAAUAUAAUGGAGGCAUUUUCUCUCAUGAAUAGUCAAACUCUGAAAAAUUGGAUGGAAUCCCACGGUAGUUCGAGUUUUCUAUACAAACCCAGGUUAUAUCUAAACCCUCAAAUUAUGGCAGAUAUGUUUCAAGAUUUAGCUUUUAUAUUAGGAUAUAUGCUAACUUUUAAGCUAAUACCUGAUUAUAAGAUUGAUUAUAAAAUGACGCAAGAAGACAUUUGUAAAGAUUUCUAUGAUAGGAUAAGAAAUUUAAUUGAUAUUUGUAUUGAUAUAACUUAUGAGAGAAAUAAUUAUAAUAGAGAUCAAAUAGACAAUGCAAGAUUAGAUGUAUUAAAAGAUGAAAUCUGUUUACAUAUGAGCAUUGAAUAUCCUGGUAUUUUCAAACUUGCAUUAGACAGUGGUUUUAGAGAAAAGAAGGUCAAUGAACUUAUCUCAAAUAUUCUUCAAUUGGAUUCAGAUACAAUAGCUUCUCCUUACUCUUUUACUAAAAUCCCACUUGAAUUUCUGGCAGAAAUGGAAGUUAAGUUCAAAAAUUAA